AUGGAAAAAAUUAAUCAUCCUGAUCUAAAAGUAAUAAAAAAUUAUUACGAUCAAAAUAUGAAAGAAAUAAAAUCAGUAAGAACCAUUAAUAAUAUUAUUUUGAGAUUUAGAUAUAAAAUGAAUCAUAAAUUAAAUAGAAAAGAAAUGUAUGAAAAAACAAGGAAAAUUUUAGAAAUUCUUCAGGAUUUAUCCAAUGAACAUAUAUUUCUGCAGAACUUAUAUGAUCUUAAAUCAACUAUUGUGAAUAAUUUCAUGUACAAUAAAUCAUUUUCUUUUUCAUUUAUUCAAUCAUUAGAAGUCUUUAAACGCCUUUUUGAAUUAUUGGGAUCCAUGCAUAAGUUAAUAGAAUGUGCAGAAAAAUCAAUUAAAAAUGGAUUUUUGUUAAGAGAUCGUGAUUAUUUUUGUAUGACUCGAGAGAUGAUAUCUGGUAUUUAUCAACCGAUAACUAAAACUAUUAAAAAUAAUUUGGUUAGACUUGACAAUACUUUGAAAAUAUUGCAUUUAUCAUAUGAAGACUCCCACUGA